GCAAGGGUUUUUCUGAUGUUUUAUCCCCAAUAAACCAAAAAUAAAACCUUGUGAAAACUUGUUACCAUUACAAUCUAUGCUUUUGCACUGAGUAGACGUUUCUGAGAUUUUUAUUAAUAAUAUUUUUAUUGCAAGAUUUUUAAGAUGGGUGUUACGUCACUGUUCGUAUUAGUGGUUGUAACUACUUGCUUUCUUAACUGUCAAGUGAAUUCUGCAAGGGAUGAACACACAUGCACACAAGACUAUGCCAAAAUCAAUAUAGACUUGGCUCAAGACAUAAAAUACAAUAGAAGAGAUGCGUACAGAAAAGGCUGCGAGGAAAGUCGAAAGCUGGUAGAGGAAUGUGCUAAGAAUCACUUCAGUUUGACCAUCUUGAAAAUGGGAUACGAACAAAACUGUUUAAGCGCUGAGGCUCAAAAGUGGUUGAACUCAAGUGGGACGAUGAUGCAAGGAGGCUUGCUGACAGGAAUUCUUACCAUUCUGACCAUAAUUUUAAGAUUCUACUAAACCAACAAGAUAUACAUAAUAAUUGUAGUUAAUAUUUUUUUAUUUUACAAUUUUACGGGUCUUAUAACUGUACCAAAAUAAAUGUCUAAUAUUGAAUUGUCUUAGUUAUUUUUGUUACCAUGUAAGAACUCUUUGUCUACAAUAAAUCAGUACAAAAUAGGUAUAAUUUUUAAUUAAAUAAAUGAUUAAAAUUUUA